AUGACGCACCUUCACAGCCUGAAAGGAGGAUAUGGUGAGGUGGGGGUCGGCCUCUUCUCCCUUGUAACAGUGAAACUACUCACUUUGAUUCCACCGGGUAAGGACUUCAGUUUGCAGCCAAGGAUUUUAAAUGUAAGGAGCAACCUGGAAGAAAGUAACCAGUAUCGACUGCUGGCCGCAGGGCCACCUGGGCACGCUGCUGGCUCGUGCUCAGUCUGCUGUCAGCUGACACCCCCAGCUCCUUGCCAUACACGCAGCUUCCCAGCCGCCCCGCCCAAGCCUGUAGCGACGCGUGGUGUUGUUGUGACCGGGAGGGGCCGGGCCGGACCCCGCCAGCUCCCGCCUCCUCCUUGGGGACCGGGCCGUGCCGUGCCGUUCCGUGCUGUGCCGGGUUGUGCCGUGCCGUGCCGGAUGGAGGAGCAGCUGCUCCGCGCGCUGGGGGGGCUCAGCCUGCAACCCCCGCCCCGCCGCUCCCCGCGGCGCUUCGGCAAAACGCUGGUGCUGCUGCGGGGCCUGCCGGGCUCCGGGAAGAGCACGCUGGCCAGACAACUGAAAUGUGACUAUCCCAGUGCUGUAGUUCUUAGUACUGAUGACUUCUUUUCUAGAAAUGGUGUAUAUGUGUUUGACCCUGACUUCCUAGAGGAUGCACACAAAUGGAACCAAAAGAGAGCACGCAAAGCAAUGAAGAAUGGGAAAAGCCCGGUUAUUAUUGAUAAUACCAACAUCCAUGCUUGGGAAAUGAAGCCAUAUGUGAUGAUGGCACGUGAAAAUAGCUAUGAAGUUAUAUUCCGAGAGCCAGACACACCCUGGAAGUUCAAUGUUCGAGAACUGACGAGAAAAAAUAUCCACGAUGUCCCUCGACAAAAGAUACAACAGAUGAAAGAACAAUAUGAGCAUUACGUUACCUUCCACAGCGUUCUUCACUCUGAAAAACCAAGCAGAGAAGACAGAAGCUCCCCUGGCCCGAGUGCAGCCUAUGGCCUGGGUGCCUGUGCCCCCCCCCCCGCAGCCUUCUCGAGCAGAAGACCUCGCAUGGCACGUACGAACAAUCCAGCGUUUUACUGAAGAGGUGGAUGCCUGCAUCUGCGUUAAUUGUCAGCGUAGAACAGUCUCUAGUUUUACAUGUUUUUCUAAACUAUUUUAUUCUUCUAGUUUUCUACUACUUCUUUAAGUGAGACUUUUAUUUCUUAAGCCAUUAAAUGUCACUCCAAUGUGAGCGAUCUAAGACCACUGUCCCUUGUACCAAGUGUACGGCCUUGUCUCUUCCUUUGCUGGAAUUCAUUCAGGCUCGUGGCAAAAUCUGUUCCUGGCUGAGCCUCACGUUUAUUUUUCCUCCAUCGCUUAUAGAUAACACUAAACAUUCCUCAGUUCUUUCUUACAGACCUCAUGGCCAAUUCCUUCUCUGUGCUGUGGUCAUCUCCUGCUAUUUUACUACUCUGUGAUUCUAUGCCUCUUCCCACUCUUUGUCUGGAGCUUUACUUCUUGCUGUAAAAGCACUAAGAUACUGUAGCAAGAUUUGAUCUUCUGCAUCUACACAUCUGCUACCUGGAUUGAUGCUGUUCUUACCAUAGCUCUAACAUGCCCAAACAGCAACUCCAGCAUCAAGGAGAAAAACUUCAACACAGCAAACUGUGCCCUUUAUCUCACAGAGUUGGACUGCCAGGGGAGGCAAUCCUGAAGGGAACAUGAGCAUUAGGUGAGCACUCAUGAACUUGGAGAAGGAGUGACAGAAGCAGCUCUAAACAGCUGUAGCGCGAGGCUAUUAAGUACCUGACCUCGGAAGUACGAGCUGCAUUGCACAAAAUGACAACUUAAGUGGGGGGGGGAAAGUGUUUCUAAGGGAGAGAUUAACUCCUUCCACUAUGAAGUGGCUGAACAAGGAAUAACAGCCAUCCUGCAGGAGUUUCAGCUGUAUUUUUAAACGCUACUGGUAUGCCCUUAGCAAGAAGCCUCAUGAAACAUGAUGUUAAAACAGCUUUUGUGAUAGUGAUUUUUCUAAGCAGGUGCAGAACAUCUGGCAGUGGUUGUAGAGCAGGAUGGUAGCAAGCAAGUUGCUUUGCAGUAGGAAACGAAGGCAGCUCACCCUGGACAUUAAGAAACAUGGGGGUAGCUCUGAUUCAUCAGGCAGUUCAGUGGUCAGAGAGGUGUAAGAGGUGCGAAGGAACACAUCGUUCCUGCGUAAGAGCGAGGCUGCCUGUAGGACUCUGUGUCUAUUACUAAUACCUUUGUAUGUCAUUUUGCUAUGAAUCAAACUUUCAUCACUACAGCUGCUUUCUAAAACCUUUUUUAGAAUUAUAUAGAAAGUUUUAAGGACUAAAGGUACAGAACUGUGCCAGAAUUUCAGAGGAAUAUUCCAGAAUAAAACUGCUGUAAUUGGUUACAAUAAACUUGGAGAAUUGUUUUUUUGCCCUGUGUUACUCCUGGCAGCCAAACAACUACUCUAAUGCUAUUGAGGGUAACAAGACUGCUUGAGACCGGAACAAAGGCACUACUGUAAUUUAAGAAUACAUCAGAAUCAAAGUAAUGGGUUAUAAAACCUCCAGCCACAGCGAUGCUAUUGUGUGCUACAUGUUUGUUUGAGACAUGUAUGAUUAUUCAACUCCAAAUUAUUUAUUUUGCAGAUGAAAUGCCAUUUCAAGAAUUUUGUAAUGUAACUUUAUUAAGUACAAUCAGGCUUUAAUGUACAAAGUAAAAACAUUUAAAUGUGAAA